AUGGCUCUUAAAUACCAUCCUGAUGUUUGCCCUGCUGCAGAGAAGGAAAAGUGCAGCAGAUUGUUUCUUCAAGUCCAGGAGGCUUACGAGACUCUGUCGGAUCCUCUGCUCCGCCAGGAUUACGAUUGGAGACUGCAAAACAUGUUCACAGUAGGCGAGUACGAAGACAGAUUAGGGAGUGGCGAGGUGUGGGAAGCUCAACUGAUGGAGUUAAUUAGAAGGAGAUCAGGAAACAACACUUCGUCAUGGGGUAGCAGAAUGAGAAGACGAAAUCAACAGGGGGCUUAUGCUUGCUGA